UGUUACCGAAGAGCAGUUUAAAUAGUUUCUCAUUCUCAUAUUCAUAUUCUCAUUCUCCCAUUUCUUAAUUAUACAUAGCGUAUCUGACUGGCCAGACUGUAGGGAGUACAAGUAGACCAGUACGGUAAGACCUUAAUGGCUAUAUCUCAGCUUCAUCACUUCACCUUUCUUCACCUCUCUUCAGAUUAAUUUCCAGUGUUACCUGUCAGGUUGCACAAUGUCGAACCGAGGAGCAUUGCAUGUGCUCAAAGACGAUCCGUGGUCUGGCGCAAUUUCCCCUCAACCCCGGCAGUUCAGGAGAGCCGAAACAACGCCCCCUCCUUGUCCAGAGGGAGUCUCUUCUUUUCAUCCAAAAGGUAAGUUACUUUCUACUCUCUGUUUAUUUUGGAUCUCGAUCGCUCUGUAUCCUAUCUGUCUGUCUCUUGCUGAUCUUCGAACGCUCGAAGCUGGAAUGACGUCGCUGCCUACGACGGAUCCUUGAACGAACGCAAACCGAGAGA